AAAAAAAAUCAUUUUUUGUAUUUUGGAUUACCAUUCUUAUUAUCAAUCGUUGCUGGAUCAAUAUACUUGCAGAAGUUCACUGCGGUCAAGUGGGAGAAAUAUGAUGAAAAAUAUAGACAAUUGGGUGAAGAAGAAAUGCUAUCUUUGAUAGAGAAUAAAAGACCAGUUGAUAAAAAGAAUGAUUAUUAUAGACUUCAAGGUUUAUUGAAUGAUCAUGUCAGUAAAGAAGUAAGUUCAAAUAAUGAUUAUGAAAUAGUCAGAGUGAAAAGAAAGAAGGAAGAUGAGCCGGUUUGGUAA